AUGUCUAGUGCUGUGAUCCACGCCGACGACGACGACGUCCUCGACCCAUCCCUCCAGAACCUCAUCGACCAGAAGUCACUAAGAUGGAUAUUUGUGGGAGGGAAAGGCGGAGUCGGCAAGACCACAACAUCCUGUUCUCUGGCCAUCCAAAUGGCCAAGGCAAGGAAAUCCGUGUUGCUCAUCUCCACGGAUCCUGCCCACAAUCUGAGCGACGCAUUCAGCCAGAAGUUCGGCAAGGAUGCGAGACUGGUUGAGGGGUUUACGAAUCUGAGCGCCAUGGAGAUUGACCCGAACGGCAGCAUCAGCGAUCUUAUCAACGGCGCCGGAGACGAAGCUCAAGAUGCCAUGUCAGGGCUGGGCGGCAUGGGGAACAUGAUGCAAGAUCUUGCCUUCAGCAUCCCCGGUGUUGACGAGGCCAUGUCCUUUGCCGAAGUCCUCAAACAAGUCAAGUCGCUCUCGUACGAGGUCAUCAUCUUCGAUACAGCCCCCACCGGCCACACUCUACGUUUCCUGCAAUUUCCUACGGUCUUGGAGAAGGCUCUCGAAAAAAUCUCCCAACUGUCCAACCAGUUCGGUCCGAUGUUACAGUCAGUCCUUGGUGCAAGAGGUGGUCUUCCUGGCGGUGCCAGCCUUGAAGACCUGACCCAGAAACUUGAGACACUGCGCGAGACGAUCGCCGAAGUCAACGGGCAAUUCAAGAAUCCUGACAUGACCACCUUUGUGUGUGUUUGUAUAGCUGAAUUCCUCUCACUGUACGAGACGGAACGAAUGAUUCAGGAACUGGCUAGCUAUCAUAUUGACACGCAUUGCAUUGUGGUCAACCAACUCCUGUUUCCUGAGCAGGACAACCAUUGCAAGCAAUGUAACGCGCGACGAAAGAUGCAGAAGAAGUAUCUAGAUCAGAUUGAAGAGCUAUACGACGAUUUCAACAUUGUCAAGAUGCCUCUACUGACCGAUGAAGUAAGAGGUGUGGACAGCUUGAAGAGGUGA